AUGGGCACCCUGGGCAAGGCGAGAGAGGCCCCGAGGAAACCUUCUCAUGGCUGCAGAGCUGCCACAAAAGCCAGACUAGAGGCGAAGCCAGCCGGCAGCCCCGUCCCCUCCCACCGCAUCCCGGCCCAGAUCACCCAGUUCCGAAUGAUGGUGUCUCUGGGACAUUUAGCCAAAGGAGCCAGCCUGGACGAGCUCAUCGACAGCUGCAUUCAGUCAUUCGAUGCGGAUGGAAAUCUGUGUCGGAGUAACCAGCUCUUGCAAGUCAUGCUGACCAUGCACCGAAUUAUCAUUUCCUCUGCUGAACUGCUCCAGAAGGUCAUCACCCUAUAUAAGGAUGCCUUGGCGAAGAAUUCCCCAGGGCUUUGCCUGAAGAUCUGCUAUUUUGUAAGGUACUGGAUAACAGAAUUCUGGAUCAUGUUUAAAAUGGAUGCCAGCUUGACAAACACUAUGGAAGAGUUUCAGGAACUGGUGAAGGCUAGUGGUGAGGAGUUACACUGCCGCCUGAUCGAUACAACUCAAAUCAAUGCCCGUGACUGGUCCCGGAAACUGACUCAAAGGAUAAAAUCAAAUACCAGCAAGAAACGUAAAGUUUCCCUGCUCUUUGACCAUCUGGAACCAGAGGAGCUGUCAGAGCACCUCACCUACCUGGAGUUCAAGUCUUUCCGGAGGAUAUCCUUCUCCGACUAUCAGAAUUACCUCGUGAAUAGCUGUGUGAAGGAGAAUCCCACCAUGGAGCGGUCCAUUGCCCUGUGUAACGGCAUCUCCCAGUGGGUACAACUGAUGGUUCUCAGCCGCCCCACCCCGCAGCUCCGGGCAGAAGUCUUCAUCAAGUUCAUCCAGGUGGCUCAGAAGCUCCACCAGCUACAGAACUUCAAUACGCUGAUGGCUGUGAUAGGUGGACUCUGUCACAGCUCAAUCUCCAGGCUCAAGGAGACAAGUUCGCAUGUCCCGCACGAAAUCAAUAAGGUUCUGGGUGAGAUGACCGAGCUGCUGUCCUCCUGUAGAAACUAUGACAACUACCGGCGAGCCUAUGGGGAGUGCACCCAAUUUAAGAUCCCCAUUCUGGGGGUGCACCUCAAGGAUCUCAUCUCUCUGUACGAAGCCAUGCCCGACUAUCUGGAAGAUGGGAAGGUCAACGUUCACAAGCUGCUGGCCCUUUACAAUCAUAUCAGUGAACUGGUCCAGCUGCAAGAGGUGGCCCCACCCUUGGAGGCCAACAAGGACUUGGUGCACCUGCUGACGCUGUCUUUAGAUCUCUACUAUACUGAAGAUGAAAUCUAUGAGCUUUCCUAUGCUCGGGAACCAAGGAACCACAAAGCCCCACCACUAACACCCUCAAAACCACCAGUAGUAGUGGACUGGGCCUCUGGAGUAUCUCCCAAACCGGACCCAAAGACCAUAAGCAAACACGUACAGAGGAUGGUGGAUUCUGUCUUCAAGAACUAUGAUCAUGACCAGGAUGGAUAUAUUUCUCAGGAAGAGUUUGAAAAGAUUGCUGCCAGUUUUCCCUUUUCCUUCUGUGUGAUGGACAAAGAUAGGGAAGGCCUCAUCAGCAGAGACGAAAUCACAGCCUACUUCAUGAGGGCCAGCUCAAUCUAUUCCAAACUGGGCCUGGGCUUUCCUCACAACUUUCAAGAGACCACCUACCUGAAACCUACUUUCUGUGACAACUGUGCUGGAUUUCUCUGGGGAGUGAUCAAACAAGGAUAUCGAUGUAAAGACUGCGGGAUGAACUGCCACAAACAAUGCAAAGAUCUGGUGGUGUUUGAAUGCAAGAAGCGAGCCAAGAACCCAGCAGCCCCCACAGAGAACAGCCCUGGUGGAGGACCAACAUCUAGCCUUUACCCACUGGGAGCCAAAGACCUGCUCCAUGCUCCUGAGGAAGGACCUUUCACAUUCCCUAAUGGGGAGACUGUGGAACACAGUGAGGAAAGUAAAGAUCGGACCAUCAUGCUCAUGGGAGUGUCCUCACAGAAGAUUUCUGUUCGGCUAAAGAGAACUGUUGCCCACAAGGCCACCCAGACAGAAUCACUGCCUUGGCUUGGCACUGAGGCCCCCUCCAGUUCCUUUAGGCUGUCCUCUCCAAGGAAGACAGCCCAGGAUACUCUCUAUGUGCUUCCAAGUCCCACAUCUCCAUGCCCCAGCCCCGUCUUGAUCAGAAAGCGGGCUUUCGUCAAGUGGGAAAACAAAGAAUCCCUCAUAAAGUCAAAGGAGGAUCUCCGUCAUCUCAGACCUCCAACCUACCAAGAGCUGGAACAGGAAAUAAAUACCCUGAAAGCAGAUAAUGAUGCUCUAAAGAUCCAACUGAAAUAUGCACAGAAGAAAAUAGAAACCCUCCAACUUGCAAGCAAAAAUCAUGUCUUAGCUCAAAUGGAUCACAGUGACUGUUCUUAGCCCGGAAACUGAAGGAUCACAAUGUGUAGAGGAAUGUAUCAGAGAUCUCUUAAGUAAAAUGAGUAACACAAACACCUGGGGAACCUUAGAUCAACCAGUUAUAUAAAAAGGGUACUUUAAAACAGAAAAGCAAGUUACCCUUUUUUUACUUAGAAGACUCCUAAUGAGUGAAACUGUCUUCAGUCAGUGAAUCAAUGGGUAGGAAAGCUGAAGAAUGCAGAAUUUUUGCCAUUCACACCAUAAACAUUUUUUUCCCCCUGGGACUAAUACCAAUAGCUUGAUAAAUACAUGACCAAGAUUUCUGACAAGGUUUUUUCUCCUAUGUGGCCUGUGUAGCUACUACUACUUCCUCAGAACUAAAAUCCCUGGAAAAUCAAUUUGCUUCCUUCUGUGGGUUUUCUUUGAACUGAAGGAUUUAUUUUGUUCCAUCCAAAGCUUGCUUACAAUGGGAAGAUACUCACGUUCCCAAAAGAGAUUCACUUCCUCUGUAUUUCAGCAUUCUUUUCAAAUCUGGUUCCCACUUCACUACCUCAGAUAUCUAAUCAAUUAGCCUUCUACCAUUCCUUCCUCACUAGGCUCAUACUCACAUGAGGAUAUCUCACAGUUUUAGUCUCACAGUCAUAAGUAGGCAAACUAAAAACCUGGAAACAUAGCUAAUACCACCUAAUACAUGACUGACCAGGUAGCUAUUUUUACUGCCAACAUGGUAUUUGUCCUUGUAUAUCUACACUGGAUAGAAUUAGGAAUUUAUGGCUUUUUGAAAGAGUCCGUUUAACUUUUCAUGUGCCAUCUUUAUCUUUUUUUCUUUGAAGUAACUACUUUGAACUGAUUUUGUGCUGUACUGUCUUCACUAUUAAUAUUAUUUAGAAAUAAGCUAGUUGGAUGAGAGGCUUCAAUAAGACCUGAGAGCGUGUAUAUGUGUAUAUAUUAUGUGUAUAUAAUAUCAAGCAUGCAUGUGACUUGGAAUUUUGUUUCUUCCUUUAUAAAAUAUGGAAAUGAAUUAAACAACUUUGUCAUUUACCCAAAUCCACAAAUAUAAAGUUAGCUUGUUACAGGAUACAUAAAUUGCUCACAAUGUAAAAUGUACUGUUAAGCAAAAUUACAAUUAAGAGUCCUAUGAGUUUUUUUAUUAAUGAAGGUUAAGGAUAAACGGGCUCAGUUAGUUGUCUGGACAACUGUUUACAAACUGCCGAUCUAUAAAAUUUAUCACACUCUUGAUUUCUCUAAAAAGUUCAUAUAAUCAUUUUCUUUUUAAGCGGAACUUACCUUCCAUACUUGGAAAACUUGGUACCAAGCCGACUUGAAAUUCAUAUGCAAGCUGACCAACUGCCAAGAACAUAAUCUCAACAAUUAAAAGGUUGAAACCUAAAGCCAGCAACACCAAAUCUUAUUCAGAAUACAAAGUAUAUAUACAGUGUAACUUCCUUGGAGGAGUCAGAUCAUUUGAGAAGUUUCUUUGAUGAAAGACCAGUUUCCAUUUGCAUACUUCCUUGUACUGAGCUUUAGUGACAAAACUAGUGAGUAGCUUUCAGUUAGUGUUUUAAAGAAUUACUUUACACACAAAUUUACCCUUUCCUAAUUCCAAACUCAGAAAUCCCCAUAGCAGGCUGCUUAGGUCCAUCACCUGGUAUACAAGUUAAGAUGUACUUUGUCCAUAUAAGUAGCAAAUGUGAAUUUAUGAUAAUCUCUAAAAUUCAUGUUCUUCAUUAUUAUUCUUUUCCUCUGAUACAGACCAAAGGUGGUACAGCACAAUUUCUUUAUAAACA